CACAUUCGCAUUUCAUCAAUUUCUUCAUUCCACUCGAGCUUGCUGCCGACAUUGCGGGCGUUCAGCACAGGUCCCAGCAGAGGAAGACACAAUGACUGCAAACAUACUUGCGCUGCCCCUCAAGUAUUCGCACCCAGUAUCGUCCCAUCUCGUCGAGGCCAUCAAGAAUCACAUUGCGGAACACUACACCGACACCCACCCCGAUGCAUUCGCGGAGGAUAUUGCAACUUUUGUCAGGUUUCGAGAUGAAUGCUACAAGCUAGAAACACACAGAAGCUGCCUGGAUCUGGCAUUGAGAUAUCACUCACAACUACGUUUCUUCCAGACGAAGUUCCCCACGAAUAUCAACAUUGCCUUUUCAUGGACGCUCUCAUUUUCGCCGUCCAUGCCCCUCUGGACGUCCUUCCCAGCGGCAUUUAACGAUGACGACGGUACGCCCCCAUCUUCGUCCUCGGCAAGUAAUACCAUUGUCUCUCAUCCGGACUUGAACUUCGAGUGCGCAAACCUUCUCUUCUCUUUGGCUGCGCUGAAUUCGAGUCUAGGCGCGAGCGAGUCCCGGAGUGACAAAGAUAGUAUCAAACGAUGCAUUGGCUACUUUCAGACUGCUGCUGGUCUUCUGUGUCACAUACGAACCAAGAUUUGCCCUCAAAUCGAGCAUCUGGUCCCGCCCUGUCCGGACCUAACUCCGGCAAUGCUCGAAGCUUUGGAGCAACUGAUGCUCGCUCAGGCACAAGAAUGUUUCUGGCAACAAUCCGUCAUGGAUGGCCUCAAAAACGCGACGAUUGCUAAGUUGUCAAUGCAGGUCUCCGCGCUGUACGAGGCAGCCCUGGCAGUAACGGAGCGCUCAGGCCCGUCAAUGUCAAUGAAAACUGACGAGCAAGCAAGGUGCGAUCUUCCUCGGGACUGGGUAUCUCAUUUGACUGUCAAAAGGCUUCACUUUAGGGCGGCGGCACAAUAUAGGAAAAGCCGAGAUGACAUGGAGAGCAACAGAUACGGAGAUGAACUUGGCCGUCUUCAAGCAGCAGAAGUCGAUGUCAAGAAGGCACUCGACGCCUCGAAACGCAAUGUUUCUGACACAAUCGUGUCGGAUCUGAGGUCGCUUCAUGGGACAAUAGUGGCAAAUCUUUCCCGAGCGACGAAAGAUAACGAUCUGAUCUACUUGCAGCCUGUGACAACCGUGGCCAAUCUGUCGAAGAUCGCGCCGGCAUUGAUGGUCAAGAGCGUAUUACCGAAAGAGGUAGAAGACCCAUUCACGUUUCUUCGCAUUUCACCAUCUCCUGCAUAUGGGGUCCCACUGUUCCAAGCUCUCGUCCCAUAUGGGGUGCACGUAGCCAUCAGUAUUUACGAAGACCGCAAAGAAACAUUGAUCCGGGAAGAACUUACAUCUCGACAGAUAGACCUCGACGCAGUGGCGAGCAGCUCCCUCCAGUCGCUCGGUCUACCUGGCGCCCUCCAAGCGCAGGACCAGAAUCUUCCUAUCCCGCCUUCAUUGCUUCGAAAAGGAGAAGAGAUCCGCCUUGAUGGAGGAGUCAGCAAGCUGCAACGCCUUAUCAACGACGUGUCAAAAAUCGCCAACGCAGACGUGGGAAUCUUGGAGGAUUCAGUUGCCAUUCUGGACCAGGAGGCUGUUGAAGAUGAAAAGGUGCGAAGGAGCGUUGCCGGCAGGCCAUGGACUCGGCCAGCUAGUGAAGAGGCGGCACAGCAGUAUCGGAGCCACAUUACACAAUUUCAGUACACUCUUGAGCAAGCUCAGAAGAGUGAUGGGAUCGUCAAAGAAAAGCUUGCCGACUGGGCCGACACGAUAGACGUGCUUUCCAGUGGUGAAGCUGCCCUUGAUGCUUUCAUACCGAAAGCGUCGUCGAGCGCCAGCUCAAGUGCUCAGAAUCCAGUGGCUCAAUCACUCCGAGCUGCUUUAGAGGAAUUGGACGAUUUACGAGACUCUCGCGCUGCAGCAGUAGCUGAGGCGAAAGCACUCGGACGCUCCGAUGAUAUUCGGUCUCUGGCGAUGAAAGAAGCAGCUAAGCUAACCGCAACGUCGUCUUCCGGAGUCACCUCGCUCGUCGUGCAGACAUCACACUUCGAAUCGCUAUUCCAUCAAGAGAUACGCAAGUACGACAAAUACUUGAAGGAGAUCAAUCACAGCGCAGCAGCCCAGGAGAAGAAGCUGGAGGAGAUCACGCAACUCAACAAUGACUUCAACACAUCUCGAAGCGUUGAUACAAGCACGAAACGGCGCGAAAAAGCCCUGCAGAAUCUCGACCUUGCGCAUGCCAAAUACAAAGAGCUGUCCAGCAACCUCGUGGAGGGAUUGAAUUUCUAUAAUUCCUUGGCCAAGCUGCUGAAUGAUUUUAGACAAAGUCUAAAGGAGUGGCAUCACGCGCGCCAAUUCGAUGUCGCACAACUGACGGUCAGCUUUGCUGGAACCUCUCUGUCAUCCCGCGCCGGUGCAAACAACCGAGGAGCCCAGCCCGCAUCGGCUUCAGGUGAAGGUUCAGCCACAAGAACGCGGAGCUCACAACGGAAAGGGCAGGACCAGAAGACAGGCGCCGGGGCUCAGCAGCAAGCUUCAUCUGCUCAAGAGCAGCAACAACCUCAGUGGGGGAAGUGGAAGGGUUCGUCAAUACAAUUUGACGAUUAAACAUAUAUUACAAAAGAGUAUGAUUCAUGCAAUUCGAUUCAUGCGGCAUACUUCAAUUGCAAUGUUGAAUAU